GCUCCGACACCGCAGCGUGCUGGCCAUGGGGAGGAGCGCGGGGCAGCUCAUCUCGCUGACCCUCGCCUGUGCAUUUUCCUCCUGUUUUCCUGAAGUGGCCCUGGGGGUCGAACUGUCUUCAGAAACCACAUCCUUCCACCAAACGGCUACUUCUGCUCAGCCACUUUCCCUUUAUCAAUCUUCACCCCAUCAAAGCACCACAGUUCCUUUAAACAGCACAGGUCCUGUUCAAACGAUACCCAUGAGCCACAGAACAACUGAGCAGACAACAGAGCAGCUCCAGGCAGCCUCAGCUCCAGGCCAGCCCACGGCAGCCCAGGCAGGAGCAGGCACAGAAUCCACGACAGGCACAGACAGCCCCAGCACAGCCACGGCCCCAGCAAUGCCCUCGGGUAGAGCAGCAGAGAGGAACACAACCACCCCCUCUGUGUCCUCCACCAGGGGACCAGGUGUGACCACGGGAGCUCCACCAGUGGCCACCAACACGUCCCUGAAGAACGAGACAGCGACUACCCCGGGCAGCAGCACUGCCUCUGCAGCCAGCAGCACGCACUCACGGACACAAACAACGGCCACGGCCAACAGCACAGCCACCCACACCGGGACACACACAGCCCCCACGUCCCCUGCCAGCACAGUGAGACCCCCUCCCACCCCACAGCCCUCUGGCAUCCCCACUGGCACCUACACCGUUUCUGAUGGGAACAGGACCUGCGUCAAAGCUGUCAUGGGUCUGCAGCUGAUGGCUCGAAAUACGGAACGGGAGCAGAUGGAAUAUAUGACUGUCAACCCCAAUGCAACAAAGAUAUCUGGAAGCUGUGGGAUGGUGCAGUCUCAGCUGAACUUAACUUUUAGUGGAGGAUUUGUAGACAUCACCUUUGUAAAGCAAGCUCCAAGUUACUCUGUCACUAAAAUUGAGAGCAGAAUGCAGUUAUCUACCGAAGGUAUGUUUUACUAUGCAGACUUGAAUGAGAAGCUGUUCACAACAAAGCUGGGGAAUUCCUUUAAGUGUGCCAGCAGGCAAACCUUCACCUUGGAGAGGAACUUCCAAAUCCUCUUUGUUGAUAUGCAGCUGCAGGCAUUUGACAUUGUGGGUAACCAGUUUGGAAAAGAAGAAGAAUGUUUUCCUGACAGAAAUGGCAAAGUAGCUCCCAUUGCAGUGUGCCUGAGUAUCCUGGGAUUGUUUGUCAUUGUGUUUGCCACCUUCCUGAUCUCCAGGAGGAAGCCACAUAGAGGAUAUGAACGCAUCUGAGGUGUCCUUGUGCUUCCAAAUGUGUGCAGCAAGCAGGGAAGUCACAGGAGUUUUUGCUUCUGCCUGGCAAUUUCCCUGCCCUGAAGCCAUAUUUUGAAGUGAGAUGACACCAUGUGUUUACAGCUAAUGACUGUUAAGGAAGGAGUUUCUUUAAGGUGGGGAGGAGAGAACUCACACCUACCUUAGGCUUUCUUAGCAUCUGAUUUAGAUGUAGUCCAAAAUGAGGAGCCUAAAUUCUCUCUGUUAUCAACAAAGGAGGUCAUUCAGAUCACCUAAGCCAGAUUCCUAAAAAUAGUUUAAAGCAAGCAGUAUCACUAUUCCCCAGAAAAUCCAUCAUGUUUGUUAAUGAUGGUGUUUAGAUUUAUCAAAAGAUGUAACUUGGACCUUCAGGUGAAUAAACCAGAGGCCCACAGCUACAGACAACCCUGCUAAGUGAGAGCUCACUGAAAGCUUUUUUAAGAACACGGUGUGUACCGAAAUCUCAGGGGAAGUGUCAGUGUGACUCCACUCACAACUAAGUUCUCACCAGUCCUACAACACAGCUACAUUUCCUAAGUGCCUGGGGUUCUCCCACUAAGCCCUUUACAAAGAUACAGUGGUAAUUGUGACUCUUACCCUGGAGCUUAAUAUGUUCCUGGUCUUGUGAGAGCUCAGGAAUGCCCCCUGUGCUGUUCAGACAUGAGCCUGUCACAGUGACCACACUGAGCCCAGGAAAUGUCCUCUACUGAGGCAACAGGGUGGUCUCUUAAUCCGGGAAGAUGCCACACUCACUGGAAAUGCCUGGGAUUCAGUGACCACCACUGGGGCACCUGCACGAGGUCCAUGAGAAAUGGAAAUCCACUGAUGCUGUAUGGUCAAGGCUUCUGUGGGAAAUAAAAGCUUGCACAGGCCUUGGACAAACUCUGCUCAAAAGUAAGUGCUCCCCAGUGUGCUCACAGCUGAGCAGCUGGAUUUUCAUAUGGAAAUCAUUUGGAGUUGCUUUAAAGCACACUGAUACACUCUAUGGUCUAUUUCCUGUUAAACCAAUGAUGAAGGCAUGAGAAUAGUAAUUGCUUUUGAAAUUUAAGUCCAACUUGUGUUCUUUAUUGUAACAAGGAAAAGCUCCUUGUCACAAAAGAUUUACAUGUGCAGAAAUGUGCACAUACACACACAUACACAUGUACAUAUGCUACACAAUCUGCUCACUGAAGCAAAUUACAUCAAGAUGAUAAGAAAUUAUGUACAAACACAUUUGCAAAAGAGAAAAUAAUAGUCAAUAAAAGCACACUUCCUCCAAGGAGGUAGGCUAAUGGAUUAAAUUUUGCUAAUAAAAAUUUAGCUUGGAAAAGGACUGUGGAAUGGCACUCAUUAAACAAAAGAAAGACUGAAGUCAUAUGCAAAAAUGCCUUGACAGUUUAAUCUGUAUCUAAACAAAAUGGAAAUGCUGGGAGCAAAUUUAAUUUUGAUGAAUAAUGGCCUGAAUCCUGCACAGUUAUUAAUGGUGGUGGAACCUCACUGGAUUUUCACUGAAUAAAAUUGAUGGUUAUGUCUUGUCAGAUAUUCCCUUAGGUAUUUUUAAAAUAGUUUUGAUAUUUUACUAGUAUUUCACCAUUGCAAGUUUACUUACUUAAAUGAAGAAAGAAAAUAAAUUCUUCCAUUCCAUUAAUUAAUUAGACAUGUUGGUCUGUGUGAAGCAGGAAGCAUGGCCAUAUUGCUCUAUAAUCAGUAUAAUACAUAGCUGUGGAAGUAAUUAACAUUCUCUAGAAAUGUUCCCUUUGAGACUGAAUGAACCAAUAAAUAAGAAGGAUAAAGACAAUUUUGAAGCACUUUACACUUGGAGAAAUAUCAGAACCAGCUGUGAGCACGGGAACAGCUGAAUACAUUUAUAAGGUAAAAUAGCACAAGAAAUAGAAUACCAGACUCUCAAGCCUUGAAUACAGACACUGUGAUUUGGACUGUAUUCAGUUGAAUACUCAAAUUGGAAUGUAAGUAUUUCAAUUAUUCUUUUGCAAAGGGCUCCAGCACUGUUCAUAAUGCUUAGUGAGCUUUAUCAAGCUCAUUUUCCCUUCCUCCUUCUAUCCUUAGCAGACAAGCAGCCAUUGGACUGUUUUGGCCUAAUAAGAUCCCUCUAAUUCUCAGGGUUACUUAAUAUUAUGAACCUGUUGUUUAGAAAGCAAACUUUUUUACUCAAUUAAAACAUUCAUCUUUUUUUAAAAAAUGAGAUGCCUAUGAGGAAAGGUAAAUGGAUGAAGAGCUUCCAUUUGGAAAUGAGCCUGUGCCUGCAGUAGCAAUGUCAUUGUCCCAGUCUGCUAUGUGUGGACACUUUAACAACAAAAACUGCCAAAAAAAGCUCAGCAUGUGGUCUGGCCCUAAGCUGUUCUGUCCAGGGAUCAAUAGACAUCUUUCCCUGGUCAAAGCUGAGUUCCAUUUCACAUGUUCUUUGGAUUGCUGGAUUGUGUGAUCUAUGUUAUUUCUACUGACAUGGAUAUAGCAUUUGCUUGUUCUGUUCUGAAAAUUGCUUUAUGUUAAUACUCAGUCUUUUUUAAAAGUCUGAUAUCAGCAUGAGGACUGAAAAGAGUUACUAAUGACUGCUAAUUCUGUGGUUAAUAGUCUGACACCUGGCAUUUUUACUAGUGAUGCACGAAUAUUGCUUUUCCCCAUAGUUAUUCUUCUUUCUACAGUGAAUCAACCUGUUGGUAUCGAACAAUGUUUGGAUUCAGAUUUGCCUGAUUUGUUCUUGUGCUUUUUCUUGCUAUUUUUUGUUUGCUAUUUUUAUGAAGCUGCAUUCUGCCAUUUGUACAUGAAUGAUACUCUGGGCUUACUCUAACUGGCACAAGCGAAGUGGUGCAAACCAAUGAAACAAUUGGAUGGUCCCAGGAAAUGCUGCCAACAUGUAGCAAAAUUAAUCCAGUGGAGUUAGUGCUUUAUAGCAGUAGAGUAUCCAUUGGAGAAAUCCUUACUGCAUCAGGAGAUCCCAGCCUUGAAGUGCAGCCUUUCUCCCAGCUGUGGCUCCCUGGUGCUCUGCUGCAGCUCCCGUGCCAGACCAUCCCCUGUGUCCCUGCAUACCCAAGACAGAAUGUGGGCAUCCCAGAAGCACGGUGAUGUCACACUCAGACAGGUCACUUAGGAGUUUAAAAAGUAAGGUUUAAUUUCUUUCAGUCCUUUUUGUUAUCUGAUGGACAAGCACAAAUUAAGAAACAGCUGUUAAUUCUGUUGAAAGAGGAAGGGAGAUUAGAUUGGCAUCUUGAGUAUCUGAACAUGGCUUGGCUGAUCACUUCUAGCUUGCUAUAAUAUAUGACUGCUAAAAAUAACUUGCUAUGAGAAGUAAGAGAUAUACUCUUUAUUUUUCUAUUAUUGGUCUUUCCUUAAUAAAGGCUGUAUUUAAUCAUUA